AGUUUAUUUUGAUAUUCUGCCAAAGCUUUAUCAGUGCUUAGGAUUUCCUUACUGUUUCUUACAAUAGAAAUCUAUCUAACUCUACAUUUUCUGCUCUCACAACAAAAGAUAUGAAUAUAAGUAAUUAAUUAAAGGCAACUAACAGCUACUGCUCCUGAAGAUUCGGCCAUGUUUGUUUUCAUUUAUUCAUCGUUCUCUGAGCUAUCGUCUUAGAUUUUGUCCAUCAUCUCCAUGAUUAAUACCUAACUCACACAUAUAUACAGAUACAAUUAUUAAUUAUGAUUGGAAGAGGAUGGCCAUUGCAGACCUUGCCAAAUGCUCAAGUCAAUUGGCAACAGCCGAUUCAAAUUCGGCCCCCUCCACCACCUACUGAUCCUCCUACGGAAGAAUUAAGAGCUCAAAAUAUGGAGGAAGAAAUAAAAUUAACUGAACUACAAAAUCAAGCAGCCCAGUGGCAGCAACAUCAAAAAUCAUCACAUGUUCAGCAAACUUCAAAAGAGUUGCAAAUAAUUGAACAAGAAGAGCGAGAAUUUAGCAAGCAAUACAAAGAAUGGAAAAAGCAAUACGAAGAUUGGAAAGCAGCAAAUAAAGACCACCCAAAUAAAGACCAAUUUCAACAAUAUGAGCAGCAAUGGCAUCAAUAUGAAGAACAAAUGGAAUCGCGUCGAUCAGAGAUAGCAAAUAGAAAACAUCAAACUUUGCAAAAUUUAGGCUCUCCCGUCUUGUCUCAAAUUCCACCUGAUGAGAAAUUUGGGAUAUUAUCUGCUCAAGUCUCCCGUCCACCAAAUAUGAUUCAAGCUGCACAGUUAUCUUUAAAUGUUUCGAAUGCCAGACUGCCAUUAAGAAAUCCAAUUCCAAUGCCGAAUCUAUCCAUUCCUAACCAAAAUCAGUGGAAUCGCCCCGUUGUACCUCAAAUUAGUCAGGGACAACCGCUUACCCAAUUUGUCCAUCAGCGACCUCAAUUCAGUGAUCAGACUAGACUACAUGUACCGGAUCAAUGGGUAGGAAAUACUGGAUGGGAUCAACCUCAGCCAUUCCAACAAGAUUUACAACACAGAUUAGGAAUGGAUGUUAGGAUUCCUAAACAGCAGCCAUUUACCUCAAUCAAUCAAAAUUAUUUUCAGCCAUCUGUACUUCCUAUUGGAAUUCCACAAAGACCGGUAGCUGGAUUUAUUGACCAACGGAAUCAGCUCAAUCUUAACUUUAGGCCUACAACACCUAUUAUAGAAAAUGAAAGACUAUCAAGACUUCCAUUUGGAUUCCCUGGACAUUCUGAUGUAGUAAUUCAUUCACUUAACGAGCACUCACAAAAAGUAGAUGAUAGAAUUAAUUUUGAUCCUAAUAAUGCCUUAGCUGAACAAUUGGACAUUGCACAAUUUCGUAGACCUUGCGAUAAUUUCAAGGAAACUCAUUUACCUCAAACGGAGAACUUUAACCAAAAAGAGGAAAACAAAUGUGGUUAUCAACAGAAUGUAAAUUUUUCCAGAUGUGGCUUUAAUCCUCCAGAUAAUGCAAGUGAUACUGCUCAAUUAGGAGGUGGUGGCGGGGAAUGGAACCAACCAAAAAUAAAACCCAAAGCUGGAAUAAGAGGAAGAUCUAAAUUUGGCCCUCCACUUGCAGUAGAUGAAAACUUUCAAGGCGAAAGUCAGGAAUGCAGAAACUUUGGACAUAUUCCUACAUAUGAAGAUGACGAACACCUCCCAAGAAAUCAAAGUCAAGAAGUUCGCCGACCUUUACAACACGAAAAUGAUGAACGGCAAUACCCUUCGGACGCCGAAUUAAAUACCAAUAUUAAUAAGUAUGGUCGAGGAAGGUGUAACUCUAACUCUUCAUUCGAAGAUGGCUAUAACCCCCAGAGAGGUCGAGCUCCAGCUCCUGGCAAUUACAACAGAGAAUUUCCUGAAAAUCAGCCAUUUCUUGAUGAAUCAAGGGGAGGUAGGAGAGGAAGAGGUCAUAGCUCAUUUCAUUCGAAAACGAACUCUUUUAAUGAUAGAGACGAUUUCGAUGAAAAUUUUGAUAGCGGAAGACAUGAUACCUAUAAUAACGACAACAUUGAUCUGACAGAUGGUAAAUUGUAUUAUGAUGAACUAUACGAAGAUCUACCACCAUAUGAAAAAAGAAGAAAACAAACGAAUAAAAGCUCUUCAGUGCCGAAUGUAGAUGUAAAUAAAUUAUUGAGUGGUGUGAAUUUGACUGGUUUACAGGGUGAUAUUUUAAGCAAAGCAGCCGAAGGUUUAAAAUUAAUUAAAGAAAAAAACACAACCCAAAAAUAUCGAAGAAUUUUUUCGGCCUUUGAAAAUGAUAUUGCCCCUAGACCGGACUUUUUCGAUUCCUAUUUGGAUGAUCCUUCUUUCAUAAACACUCUUAAGAAACAGCCAAAUUCACAUUCCGUUCCCGUGGAAACUAGAAAAACAGUAGAACAUCCUAAAGAAGUGAUCGACUACGGACACGGCGUUUCCGAUGUUCGUGAUUAUGGACAUUCUAAUGAGAAAGGAGAUACAUUUGGUGCUAAAGUAGGUGACGAUGCAGUAGGAAGGAAAGAUGAUGAACGACUCAGAGAUAUUGAGAGAAAAAGGGAAACCAGAGAAUUUUCUAAUCGUCAUCGGAACUAUUUACAAGAGUUAGACAGAGAUAGAGAAAGACUUUAUAAAACAAAUCAUAGCAUUUCUAGACGAAGGAGACGAAGUAGAAGUGACAGUACCGACAAAAACAGAACAAGAAGAAGUAAUAGCUCAUCAAGUGGAGAUAGUUCAUCUAGAAAUCGUGAAAGAAAAAAGACUUGUGGAUCUGAUAGUGAAGAUGAAGUCAAGGAAAAGGAUAUUACAAAAUGGAGAAGAGAACGACAUGAUAUUGAUUUAGUACCCUCUGGGUUUGGUAGAUUUGGACCUAAUAUGAAAUCUCAACCAAAACUGAAAGGUAUCAACUUAUCUAUAACUGAUAUCUUGGAUGAACCUGGAAGAUCUCGUCGCGCUGAUAGAUUAGUUAUUUUAAUAAGAGGUGCACCUGGCUCUGGCAAAAGCCGAGCAGCUAAAAUGAUCAAAGAGAGAGAAGUUAAACAUGGCGGAACAGCUCCAAGACUGAUGUCAAUCGAUGAUUAUUUUAUCGAUGAGGUGGAGGAAAAGGUCGUUAAUGAGGCGGGUAAAAGUUCUACUGAAACAAAGUUAAUGUAUGACUUUGAUGGUAAAAUGGAGAAAGCUUACGCCGAGUCUUUAUUAAAAGCUUUUCGAAAGCAAAUUGAUAAUGGAUAUUUUAAUUUUAUUGUCGUUGACGCUGUUUUUGACAAAACUGAUCUGUUGGAUAGAUUUUGGAGUUACGCUAAAGUAAAAGGAUUUCAGGUUUUCGUUGGUGAAUUAAUUAAGGAUGCUGAAAUUUGCGCAAAUAGAAAUAUUCACAAUCGAAGUUUAGAGGAUAUUAAAAAGAUUAUUUCGGGCUGGCAACCGACACCUAAACAUUGUAGUAUUGUUGAUUUAAAUCCAUUAUCAGAAGACCCAAUUGAGGAGGUUGAAAUGGAAGAUACAGAUGAACUAAUAGAUCAAUCAGAAAUUAGCCAAGAUAUGAGAGACGAAAAAGAAGGAGAUAUCGAAGGAGCUGAAAGUUGGAUUGGUUACAAGUCUAGUAAAUGGGAAAUAGACGCCAGUGAAGAUAAACUAGUUGAUAUGAUUUUGAAGUUUUUGAUUUACUCAAAAAAGAUUUUAAACUUGUAUUGUUUUUCUUUUUUCAUUUUUUUUUUAAAAAGAAAAUACAAGCAUUUUUCAUUACAAGAAUGUGUUGUUUUUUCUUUCAUUAACGAUUCGCUAGUUUCAAUUUCAACAAUAAUCUAUUUUUAGGUUUAGGAACGUUUUAUAAAUUAUCAUUAGCAGUGAUAUGUUUUUGUUUUAUAUUUGUCAUUUGUUAUUAAUUAUGUUUUUUUUUGCUUGUCUUUAAAAAUAGAUAAACUUGACGGUCUUCGAUCGAGUAGGUUCAAAAGAGAACGUUCGCCAGUAGAUUUGAAUGACUAUUUGCAAUUAGAUAGUGACUAUUACUCCAGAACAUCGCAGUCCGGCCGAAAAAGAGUAAGGUGGGCGGAUAUAGAAGAAAGGAAAUCUCAUAGACGGCAAAGGGAUAUUGGUUUUGUUAUUGGACAAACAGCGUCAGACUGGGAGAAAAUGACAACUGAUACAGAUAUUGUUGCCGAAAGAGCACUAAACAAAACUAAAUACUUUUAGUUUGACUUUGUUCAAUUUUUUUU